CUCCCUCUCUCUCUCUCUCUCUCCUGUCUCUCUGCUCUGAAGUUGGAAUCUGAUUCACUUUCCAGUUGCUCCUCAGACCCAUUUUCCGGCACUUUCCAGUGAGGAAUAGCUGAAAAUGGCACAGAUCUUGGCUCCUUCUGCACAAUGGCAGAUGAGAGUUACAAAGAACUCAACAGAUGCAAGUCCAUUGACAUCAAAGAUGUGGAGUUCUCUAUUGGUUAAGCAGAACAAGAAAGGAACAUUUAGAAGCUCUGCAAAAUUUAAAGUGCUUGCUGUUAAGUCUGAAAAUGGUACUAUCAACAGGAUAGAGGAUCUGCUAAAUAUGGACCUAACUCCAUUCACUGAUAAGAUCAUAGCCGAGUAUAUUUGGAUUGGAGGAUCCGGUACUGAUUUGCGUAGUAAAUCAAGGACAAUCUCAAAGCCAGUUGAACACCCAUCUGAGCUCCCUAAGUGGAACUAUGAUGGAUCAAGUACUGGACAAGCACCUGGAGAAGAUAGCGAAGUGAUUCUAUACCCUCAAGCAAUUUUCAAGGAUCCUUUUCGCGGUGGUAACAAUAUAUUGGUAAUUUGUGAUACAUACACACCAGCAGGUGAGCCCAUCCCCACGAAUAAGCGCCACAGGGCUGCACAGAUUUUCAGUGAGCCAAAGGUUGUAGCUGAAGUGCCAUGGUAUGGCAUAGAGCAAGAAUACACCUUGCUUCAAACAAAUGUGAAAUGGCCUUUAGGUUGGCCUGUUGGAGGUUAUCCGGGCCCUCAGGGUCCUUAUUAUUGUGCUGCCGGGGCAGACAAAUCUUUUGGCCGUGACAUAUCUGAUGCUCACUACAAGGCUUGCUUAUAUGCUGGGAUUAAUAUUAGUGGCACCAAUGGGGAGGUUAUGCCUGGCCAGUGGGAAUUUCAAGUUGGCCCCAGUGUGGGAAUUGAAGCUGGAGAUCACAUCUGGUGUGCCAGAUACCUCCUUGAGAGAAUAACUGAACAAGCUGGAGUUGUUCUCACACUUGAUCCAAAACCAAUUGAGGGUGAUUGGAAUGGUGCAGGAUGCCACACUAAUUACAGUACAAAGAGUACGAGAGAGGAGGGAGGCUAUGAAGUAAUAAAGAAGGCAAUUCUGAACAUGUCCCUUCGCCACAAUGAGCACAUCAGUGCUUAUGGAGAAGGAAAUGAGAGAAGGUUGACAGGAAAGCACGAAACUGCCAGUAUCAACACAUUUUCUUGGGGUGUUGCUAAUCGUGGCUGCUCAAUCCGUGUGGGGCGUGAAACUGAGAAGCAAGGCAAAGGUUACUUGGAAGAUCGGCGUCCAGCUUCAAACAUGGACCCCUAUGUUGUGACCUCAUUACUUGCUGAAACUACAUUACUGUGGGAGCCAACUCUUGAGGCUGAAGCUCUUGCUGCUCAGAAAUUGUCGUUGAAUGUCUAAAUAUAGUGGAGGGACUUAAAGAAAAUUGAUUGGGAACAGUGAGCUCAUGUGCAAAUCAACUCAUUCUCUUAAUUUAUGGAUGCUUUAUUGAAAAUCCCAUGUAAAUAAAUGUCCCAAAGUUGGUUGUUCUUCAUUCGAAAAAGUGGUUCCUUGUCUGCAAGAAAUUUUUAGGAUCAGGGUGUGCUCAUGAAAAUCAUUGAUAGAUUAUGAACAUUUUACUUCAAUAUUUGCACUUGCAUUGAUCUUGUGGACUUCUUUCUUUGCC